GUCAACAACUUGUCAAUUCGCGACUCGCGUAAGUGUUACGGUGUUUGCUUGUUAAAGACUUACGAGUUUUCUAAAUUUUGUCGCAGAUGUUCAACAGAUUUUCUCCUCGUUUUAAUUUUUCGACUUGUUUCAAUGCCAUGUUCUGCGGUCAAGAUCGUAGGGGUAGGUUUUGUUCAUCAUAACGUUUGGUUACAAUGGCUGCGUCAGGUACCGAAAUUGAAGACUUCUUGAACGGACCUUUAGUUUCAUGGAUGAAGUCAUGCCUUACGAAUCCAGAAACAGUCAAAGACUAUGCCUCUCUUUUCAAUGGAGAUAUAUUACAUCAAGUUUAUCUCCAAAUAGAUCCAGAACCUUCUUUUCAUAUCACAAAGUUAGCUGGCUUGGAAGACCAAGCAUUGAUACUGGGUAGGGUAAAGAAUUUUGAUGCUAUUGUUAAGAAUGUCAAAAGCUUAUAUGAUGAAGAAUUGGGUAUGACAUUACUGGUUGUCCCUGAGUGCAUAUGCUUAGGUAAGGCACCAGAAUCAAGAGAUGGUUUAGAAAAUAUGAAGCUUCUUUUACUGCUAUUACUUGGUGCUGCUGUACAAUGUCCAAAUAAAGAAAUAUUCAUAACAAGAAUAAAGGAACUAGAUGUAGACUUGCAGCACAAUAUUGUGGAAUGUAUUAAACAGGUAACAGACAUGCAAACCGUAGUUUUAACGCCGGACGCAAUCGAUCUCUUCCAAUCACCGACAAUGUUCAAUCACAUGCGACGUUUGGCCAAGGAAAGGGACCAUUACCUUCAAAAUUGGGCGACAUUGGUACUUAAUGAGGGCCUCUGCGAGACUGAAAGCGAAAACAAAACCAGCAAGAAUCCAUCCACUCAGAACAUUAAUCAGAAUAACAGUGAAAGCCAACAUUUGGCCGUUGAGCUUGCAGAUUGGAAAGCACGUCUGCGAAAACAGAGACAAGAAUUGGAAGAAAAAUCGGAACAAUUAGCCGAAUGUCGCGAAGAGUUAGAACAUACAAAGUUAUUAUUGACUAAGCUACGUUCGGAUAGCCAGGAAUGGUUCAAUGAAGCAAGGAAAGCAGCGGGAUACAGGGAUGAAGUUGAUGCGUUAAGGGAAAAGGCCGAAAGAUGUGAGAGGUUAGAACAAGAGAUACAAAGGUACCGUGAUCGUCUCGCCGAUGCAGAGUACUACAAGACACGCGUGACUGAGCUACGUGAGGAUAACAAGGCACUAAUGGACUCCAGAGAUCUGCUAGAAGAACAACUACAGCGCGCCAGGAAGAGAGCCGAGCAGUGUCUGACAUUAGAAGCAGCUAUGAUCAAACUGAAACGAGAAGCUAACGAUAUUGCUUUGGAAAGAGAUGCUGAUCAACAAAGAAUUCAAGAACUGAUUGAAGAAAAUAAUCAUUUACAAUAUAUUGCAAGAUCUAUGCUCAGCGAAAGUAAUAACAGCAACUUGGACACGGACAAUGAAUGCGAAAGCACAAUAGAAUCUGGAGAAAAUAGUCUAUCCGAACAAUUAACUAGUAACGCACAAGCUAGAGCUUUAAAACUAGAAUUAGAAAACAAGAGACUCCUUUCAACUAUUGAUAAUUUAAGAGAACAGUCCAUACUUGAUGGCAGUGACAAAGUAUUAGAUUUAGAAAAGGAGAAGAAACGGUUAACGUUGAAAUGUGAACAACUUCAAGAAAAUUGUAACAGGCUCAUGCAACAGAACUCAGAACUGGAAGAGGUGUUCAAAAAUGCGUUGGAAGAAAACAGAAAAUUACAAGAUUCAUUAGACAACAAAAAAGCGUAUAUUGAUAGACAGUCUAUAGACAGAGAGUCAGAGAAAAAUAAAUUACAAGAUUUUGAAAAGCAUUUGGAGUCUUUAACAAAAGACAAACAGAGAAUUCAAAUGUUGUGUGACUCGAUACAGAAAAGAGCUGAUGAUUUAGAAAAAUCAUUAGAUGCUAGGACUAAAGAAUUAAAUAGUGUCAAACCUGAAGCCGAUAAAGCUAUGCGACUUUUAAUUCAAACGGAAGAACUGAAGACGAAAUUAACUUACAGUGAAAAGGAGGCACAUAACCUACAGAGAGAAGUUAAUAAACUGAAAGAAGCUGUAGAGGAAAAAGACGUAAUAAUUGAUAAAAUAAGUACAGAUAUAGAAUUGAAGAAUAAAGAAAUUGAAAGAAUAACUCGAGAACUCGACGCAAGUCAGUCGAUGGCAACUAGGCUUCAAGACUUAGAACAAAAAACACAGGAAUUAAAAUCGCACAAAAAAGUAGAUUCUGAAACGAUUCAAACUCUUCAAAGAGAUUUAAUUACAGAAAAAGUCAACUGUGACAAGUUCAUAAACUGUUUUGAAAAACUGGGAAUCAGUGCUUCAGAGAUAAUGUCAAAAGAGAUUAAUGUGGAGGAAUUACUAGAAAAAAUUAUCACCAAUGCAGAUAAUGGUGGAUUGAUACUUGAUAUUGCUUCUAAAGCUAACAUAACUAAUUUGGUUCCUCAUCACUGUAAUCAUGAAAAAAAUCAAGGUCCGGAUCCUCAAACCGAACAACUCUUGGCGACGCUUCAAGCUGGUUUAGAUCACUACCAAGCAGAAAAUGCGAAAUUAGAAGUUAAUGUUUCCACACUUAAUUCACAAAAUGGCUCAUUAAUAUCACAACAAAUGACUUUACAACUAGCAAACAGCCAGUUGGCGGCAGAAAAAGAAGAAAUAUUGAAACAACUUGAAGUUUUAAAAGACAAACAAGAUAAUCUCUUGAGAGAUCAAGUAGCGUUGCAAACACUUCACGAACAAUUAAAUACUGAAUAUGAAAUGUUGCUUAGUGAGAAAGAGCCGGUAAAGAUUGCCAUGAGAGACCUUAAACUUGAAAAUCGAGAGUUAAAGGAGAAAAUAGUGAAUUUUGAAAAGAAGGCAGCUGAAGUUGAAAUGGAAAGAGAAAACUUGAAAAAAGAAUCGAGAAACUUGACUAAUUUAAGAACGGAGCAUUCUAAACUAAAAGACGAUUUCAGAAACCUUUUUACUGUUAGUGGCAGAUUGAAAAACGAAUAUAAAAACAUGCAAGAUGAAUAUAGAAAAAUGCGAAGUGAAGUAACGCAACUGAAAUUAAAGAACACGGAGUUGUCCGGUGAAAUAAACACAAAAACUGAAAUAAUAACGAGCAUGGAAUUAGAAAUAAGCAAAACCAAUCAACAUUGUGAAAUGCUUAUACAAAUGAACAAGAGCUUGGAUGCCGACAGACGAUCUCUGAUGGACCACGUGUCACAACUUUUAACACAAUAUCAUGAGUUAUUGGCACAUUCGUUAAAAGACAAGCAGCAUUACCACGAAGAGGAGAAAAUGUUUGCUGACAAAGUUAACGCUCUGUGUCGCCAGAAAGAAAAAUUAGAAGAAAAAAUUAUGGAACAUUAUAAAAAGCUUGAUAAUUGUACACCCAAACGACGUGGUUUCGGAGCUUCCUUCGUUAAAAGAGUUAGAAAAGCCGGAACCGAUUUGAUUAAUAAAGUACCUUCAAGAAACAAUAAGAGAAUAGAAGAUGAAAAUCGGUCAAAAUCGCAACUGACGCUAGCCGGUUCCGAAUCCGGCGAAUCGGAUCCCGGCAGUCACGACUUCGAUAAAUCUUCUAAACUUUGUGAACAAGACCAAGGUUCUUCAAAUGUAAGCACCGAAUCGCCAAGACAUAGUUCCGAUUCAGGUUACAGAAGAUAUGAUGAAAUAUUUAAGAAACCAGAAAAUAUGGAAGGUUCAGUGUGCAGUCUAGAUCCGAGUAGGUUAACUGGGAACGAAGGAAACUUUACGAGGCGGCUUUCAACUGCGUCAAUGCACAGCGGCGGCGGUGACGACGCUUUGAUUAGAGCUUCCUUGAGGAGGAGGCCACAUAAGGCUGUGGCGCCCACACAUAGGAAUAGCUAUCAAGGCUUAGAAGGUGAUACUGGCUUGCCUGCAGCGUCCACACCUUCUCCAGUGUUUGGGACGGCCGGUUCGAGGCGGACCGUCUACUUGGCGGAUGAUAAUCCCGAUGUUACUCUUAACUCCAAACCUCAAAGCACUCCCAUCAAAGAGAACCCAACGUACUUGAUCUACAAUAGAAUAUCGACUGUAAUUGGGGAUGGUGCAUGUCAAACUGGUCAUGAUAGAUCGGUCAGUGACAACCAACAAACGGAUGUGCCAAGAACUAUUGCUGCUGAAGAUUUACAGGAACAAGAAGACCAAGAGAGGGCAUUAAAUCGUGAAAAGCCAGAAAACUCGAAGGAAUCAGCAAUUUGGUAUGAGUAUGGUUGUGUAUGAUAUUAGUAGACUGACAAUGCCUUUGUAGCCUUUAUCAUUAUUCCCCUACAUAAUAUAAUGAUCGAAUAUAUACGAAUAUUAUAAUGAUAAUAAUAUUUUGAUGACAAUA